UUAGUCUCCAAGUCGGAGCUCCAACAACCUGGAACUACGCGACAAACAGCACCGAGGAGACGGGGUACCCGUACCAUGCAGCCCGGGGAGGAAGACAAUCUGGGUCCGUUGAUUUUUGAUCCCUUUCUUCAUUGACGGAGUAUUUUUCUCUUUACUGCAAUCUCAUUUAUCUGACAUACCUUCACUCGUUCGCGCACCCGUGCGCGCUCUCCCAUCGCCAUACGGAUACGCGGAGCUCUUUCUCUUCGCGCUUUUCUUUUGCAAUUAAACAUUAACCCAUCAAAGGAGCUAAAACAUUAAGGGAAACACCUGGCAAAAUGGAUUUAUUCUCCAUUCCACCCCGUGUCGGCUGGUGGAGGGUCUUGUUUCUCUUGAGCAUCUUCCAAGAUUACAUGAGCUCCAUGCUGGACUGCCCGCCGACCUGCACUUGUUCGGUUACGGACAUCUUUUGCAAUAAGUCUUACAAAGGGAAUUUCUUUCCCCUGCUGGCACUACAGGACACAGGGAGCGACGGGAAUACCACCAACAGCCUCCAGGACCUGUAUGAGAACAUCACAUCAAUACAUAUUGAGAACUGGUCGGGCUUGCAGACGUUGAGCAGUCUGGACAUGGAGCUAUACACUGGCCUUCAGAGACUGAGCAUUGUGAACUGCAACCUACGUGGGAUUCAGUCGCGGGCGUUUGCUAAGAACCCCAACCUGCGUUACAUAAAUUUGUCCAGGAAUCCCCUGGCGACUCUUUCCUGGCAGCUCUUUCAGCAUCUUCAACUUUCAGAACUGAAGCUGGAAGGAGUCGUGUUUAACUGCAGCUGCCAAAUCCGCUGGAUCCAGUUGUGGCAGCAGAGAGGCGAAUCUGGACUCCAUAACCAGCAGUUGUACUGUAACAAUGGCUUUUACAAGAUCCCCCUACAGCUGAUGAACAUCUCUCAGUGUGAUAUACCAGAGAUGAGCGUAAGUCACAGUAACCUGACGGUGAUAGAAGGAGACUCGAUCACAGUCACCUGUAAUGGUUCAGGGGUGCCGGUACCAGAAGUAGAUUGGACUGUAAAUGGACUUCACUCCAUUAAUACUCACCAAUCCAAUCAAUACCCACCGAAUGUUCACUCUAUCAACUUAACUCUGGUCAACGUCAGCCGGGAGGAUAACGGCUUCAUGCUGACCUGCAUUGCAGAGAAUAUAGUUGGGAUGACUAAUUCCUCCAUACAGCUGUCAGUUCAAUAUCCUCCUGUCAUUAUUAAGUUCGAGGAACCUGAGAAAUGGCACGACACAUGUAUGCUCUUCACGGUGCGGGGGCAUCCCCUGCCCACCCUGCGGUGGUUUUAUAAGGGCGUGGAGUUGAAGCCCACCGACUACAUCCACCCAGAGAUGGCAGUCUAUCAGGACAACUUGGAGGGAUGCCUUAAGUUUCAAAACCCCACCCACCACAACAAUGGCAACUACACACUGGAGGCCCGCAACUCUCUGGGUGUGGUGGUGAAAACUGUUUGCGCCCACUUCCUGAAGCCACCUUUUGUAGUCGACAUUGUUGAGGUGAGUCCCGCUGUUCCAACCACAACACAUCGGCCCGAAGAGGACACAUUUGGUGUGUCGAUUGCGGUUGGCUUGGCUGGCUUUGCCUGUGUUCUCCUUGUCGUCAUGUUUGUGCUAAUCAACAAAUAUGGCAGGCGUUCAAAGUUUGGCAUGAAAGGACCGGUGGCUGUAAUCAGUGGAGAAGAAGACUCGGCCAGCCCUCUCCACCACGUCAACCAUGGCAUCAUAACCCCAUGCACCCUGGAUGCCGGGCCAGACGCCGUGGUGAUUGGCAUGACGCGCAUCCCAGUCAUCGAGAACCCGCAGUACUUCCGGCACGGUCCUAAUUGCAACAAGCCCACCACUUAUGUACAACACAUUAAGCGCAGAGACAUCGUGCUCAAGAGAGAACUUGGAGAGGGGGCUUUCGGGAAAGUGUUCCUGGCUGAGUGCUACAACCUAAGCCCCACUAAGGACAAAAUGCUAGUGGCUGUCAAGACCUUGAAGGACCCCACCCUUUCGGCGAGAAAAGAUUUCCAGCGAGAGGCCGAGCUGCUGACUAACCUUCAGCAUGAACACAUAGUCAAGUUUUACGGUGUCUGCGUGGAUGGCGACCCUCUCAUCAUGGUCUUUGAGUACAUGAAGCACGGAGACCUCAACAAGUUCCUCAGAGCUCAUGGUCCAGACGCAAUGAUCCUGGUUGAUGGGCAGCCACUGCAGACCAAUGGAGAACUGGGACUGUCUCAGAUGUUGCACAUAGCCACUCAGAUUGCAGCAGGGAUGGUCUACCUGGGAUCUCAGCACUUUGUACAUCGUGACCUGGCAACACGAAACUGCCUGGUGGGCAACGGCCUUCUCGUGAAAAUCGGAGACUUCGGAAUGUCGAGAGACAUCUACAGCACGGAUUACUAUCGGGUGGGAGGUCACACCAUGCUGCCCAUUCGCUGGAUGCCACCAGAAAGCAUCAUGUACAGGAAGUUCACGACGGAAAGUGACGUGUGGAGCUUCGGUGUCAUCCUCUGGGAGAUCUUCACCUAUGGAAAGCAGCCAUGGUUUCAGCUGGCAAAUAAUGAAGUAAUCGAAUGCAUCACACAAGGACGUGUACUGGAAAGGCCACGACUUUGUCCCAAGGAGGUGUACGACAUCAUGCUGGGGUGCUGGCAGAGGGAACCACAGCAGAGGUUGAACAUCAAAGACAUCCAGAAAAUUCUUUAUGCCAUGGGCAAAGCCACACCCGUCUACCUGGAUAUCUUGGGCUAGUGUUUGUUGGAAUACGUUUGUCUGUCUGCGUCAAUCCAAAAAAGAGGAACAACCUGGGAAUACCCCAAAACGACAUGUACCUUACUGCUUCACUGUCAGACACCUACAACCCGGGGAUGGACUUAAGUGCCUGCUACUUCUUUCGAUACACUGGAUAACAGUCUUUAAAAAGCACUUUUACAUUUUGUUUACCUGCAUAUAAAAUGUACAGACCUGCGUUAAGAAAAGGAGUCGUACGCUAUUUCGUUCUUUUCAUUUUGGUAAGAAGAGCCUACUUUUUGAUUCUAAGGAAAUCCCACCUAAAAUAUGGAAAACGAAGAAAGAUGUGUUUCCUGACUGCUUGAGAAAACUCCCCCUGUGGUUACUUGGUUUUCAUUUUAUAAAAAAAUAUAUUUUUAUUUAUUUUAUUUCUCCGAGUGUGGACGUCUGCCAUGUUUCCCGCUGAGGGUAUCUCACCUUUUGGAUAUGACCGCUCGCCGUUGCCACUUCAGAUGAUUGGCAAGGACUUUUUCCUGGAAAAGCCUUACUGCCUUCUGAUUGGCCGGAUCUUCUCUUUGACCCUUCUGGAAAUAUCCAACAGGGCUUUUAAAUACAAUGAGGAGCUUUUCGGUGAACGGAUUAACUUGAAGGAGCAAAGGAACCACCAAUCAAUACAAAGGAGUUUAUUUAAAAAAAAUAAGAAUGUAUAUAAUGUAAAUUUCUGUGUCACAAGCGAGAGUAUGUUAAAUUAUUUCAUUUCCUGAUUAGAUGAUUUUAGUUCCUUGGCGUGCUGUUAUGGUGAGUAAAUUCUAUAAAUAUUUUGAUAAUAUUUCAUUGUUUUGUUUUCCAUGUCCAUAGAAUGUAUGUUCACAUUUGAUUUUUUUUUUAUUUUUACCUUUUUGGGGGGAAUAUGUGACAAAAUGUGACAGAGAAGACUUGAGAAUGAAAUUUUCACAGAACAAACACAAACACCAUUACAGUAAAUAUCAUUGACUCACUCCUUGUAUUCCAGAGACCAUUUGCUUCUGAAGUGACAGUUUUGGAAAAAGUAGAUUCCCAAGCAAGAAAUCGAGAAAAUACUCUCAUUCCAUACAUUAAUUUUCAUCUCUUUUGUGAAUUAUGAUUGUGCUUCUUUAAAAAUCCAUCAUAAUGUUGUUUUACACACACUUUUGAGUAGUUUAAGAAAUAAAAAUGUUUAGGCUAUUUGCGAGAGCAAGCAUGGGCAAACUCAUAAAUUGCCAUAACAUCCCGUUGGUACUCUGGUAUUACAGUGUUUUCUAAAAAUUGACUUUUCAUAUUCAAAAUUGCAUCAGGUAAAAAUGCUGUAUUCUUUGCAACCUUCCCUUUGCUGCAUCUACAAAGUUAUUGUAUCCAUUAAUAGACUCUUUGAAUGGAGUAUGCAACAAAUGUCUGUGAAAGCUGCCAGGUGAUAUAAUUCAUCCCUUAUAAAAGUUUAACAAUGGGAGACUUUGCAAACACAAUAAUGUGAUAAUCUCAUUGUUUGCCAGAGAUGGAGCAUUAUUGAGACCAAAAGGGCUUAUUCAGAACUUUCGUUAUUCUGAAUUGACAAACGGCAGGAUUUUAUUGGAGCGACUCUUUAAAACUGCUUUUGCUAGCUCAUGUUUUUCAUUCAAGGUGAUGUAUGGCUCAGUAUUUAUCUGAUGAUGAAUCUGUAAUCAUUGCACAUGCACUCCGCCAGUUUAAGUCAGCUUCGGCGGCACAAAUCUGCGCCGUGAUUUGUGAGCACAAUAUCAGCGAUAUUUAAUACAUUUGACCUGUAUUUUGCUUAACCCUUAGAAAGAAAUGUUAAAGGAACAAACAAAUUGUAUUUUUAUUUUCAUUGCAGUGCUAACUUUCCGACAGAAUCACCCAAAAAUGUGAACUGUCAAAAACUUUUCUCAAUCGCUUAUCGGAAACCGGAACUUAAAUUACUGUUCUGUUGCAAUCUCCCCGUCACGAUUUGACAGAACAUAUUUUUGCUUACCUAUAAUCUCAUUCUUCACAUCAGGAAAGUUCCCGGUGUGGAGGAAGCGAGUUGCACAUUCGUUGAUCUUGUUUUGUUGUUUUUUCUGCUCCCCGCGGUGGCCGGAUAAUUCUCUCCACAUCUGUGACAAGAGGGAAAUUGUAAAAGUCUUUCCAUAACACCGACAGCGAUGUGUUUAUGUGUGAUAAGAUGCUUCUCAUUUUGAUAGCCUAUUCUUGUCGGCUGCAGGGCCCUGCUGUAGAUAUUCACUGACUUAACAAUUUUGCCCAUGUCGAGUGCACCAAGCUCUUUAUGCAAAAAAGCAACAGAAGAGAUUUAGACCAAAUGCCUGCCUUCCAAAUUUUGACGUUUAUGAAGUAAACAGGCCUGCCCUCUCCUAGUAUCUACAUUCAGGACAAGCCCCCAAAUCAGACAACAACAUUUACAAGAGACACAGUGCUUGUGCAAACUCUCAUUUAUGUGGCAUACCAGAUUUUACCCAUCAGUCGUACUGCACAGUUGAGCGUUCAUGCUAAAUUAGGUUCUAAUUGGAAGGAAACAGA